AUGGAUGUUGACGAGCCAACACUUUUAGAGCAAGAUGCAGAGUUCAAGGCAGUCACUGCUGCGUUAAAUGCCUUCUACAAAUUCUAUACCUGGCAGUAUGGACGGGUUGUGAGACCAAAAUCGGUGAGACUCAAUUCAUUAACGACCGAAGAACAACAAUAUCUUUCAUGGUUUCCUGAACUCAUCGCUCAAUUGAAGGAGAGGGCACUUGCAAACCGUACCGUGACCGAAGAAAUAGCUAUGAUCGCAGCCCAGGACUGGGGAAUUACGACUUCACAAUUAGAUUGGGAGGAACCUAGAGAUGUGGACUAUGACAAGGUUCGAGCUACUCUUCUUCAAUUUGCCCGUGAGUGGAGUUCAGAGGGAGUGGAUGAGAGACUGAAGACUAUAGAUCGUAUUGUUGCAAAAGUUUGUGAAUUAUACCCGAAUCCAAAACAAAGAGCUCUGACCAAAGUGCUAGUUCCUGGAUGUGGAUUGGGCAGGCAGGUUUACGAAUUAUCUCGAAAGGGCUUUUGGACACAAGGAAAUGAAGUAAGCUAUUCGAUGCUCAUGGCACUGAGUUAUAUUCUCAACUCACUUAAGGAACCUGAAUCUCGAAAAAUUUAUCCUUACCUUCACAAAUCGACGAAUCUUGCUCUGCGCAAGCUGCAACUUCGUGCUGUCUCGAUUCCAGAUGUCAGUUCAUUUAAAGAGCUUAUGAACACCGGCCUGUCCCCAGAGGGUGUUGAUUUGUCGCAGCUUAUGUCCAUGACUGCUGGCUCAUUUGUGGACUUGUAUGGUCCUUCUGAACUCUCCUCAUCAGAUGAAUUUACCGACGACCCAGCAGCGGUUCAAUUCAGGGCGGAGAACCUGAAGGCCUUUGAUGUUGUAGCAACUUGCUUCUUUGUAGAUACUGCCCACAACAUUAUCGAUUAUUUAAAGACGAUUCGUAAUGUGCUCAAAGAGGGGGGAGUGUGGAUCAACAUUGGGCCCUUGCACUGGCAUUUCGAAGGAGAUCAGACUACGAGGGUUGUUAAACGGGCAGACAUGGAGGGCCAAAUUGCCACCUCGGUGCCGGUCAUCAUGGAAGGUAUGGAACUUACAAGAGAAGAAUUAUUUGGGUUGAUGGAUGCCAUGGGUUUCGAAAUUUUGGAGCAAGAAAGCGGAAUUCAAACCACGUACGGCAGCGACAACGCUGCCCUCUCAAAUUUUGUUUAUGGUUGUGAAUUUUGGGUCGCCAAACUUCGAUGA